CGUGGUUGGAGCCAUGUUUGGUGGCCGCUUCCAAGAUGGCGGGUAGGUGAUGAAUUCCGAUGAGGUAUUCGUCGCGUUUCAUUACUUAUUCUUAGUUUCUUUUCAGACAUACGAUUCCAUAUAGAAAGCACUGACGGUCCAGAAGAGGAGGACCAAGAUGACGGUAUGUUUCAUUGCAGUAGCGCCCCACGAUUAGCCGCUGGGAGAGUUUAAAAAGCGGAAAGCAGUAAACGUUACCGUAUUACCCAAUAUCUUGAUUUGCAUUUUACAGAAGGGUACGAGAUGGAUCAAGAAGAGUCAUCUCUGCAAAGUUAUGCCUCUGCAGAGGAACCUCUUAGUCCAAUAAUCAGAAUGGAGCGUUUUAUGCUGAGCGACAUCAUUGUAAAUAGGUAAGAUGCUUCGUCGUAUCAUUUCUCCUACGAAUGCACGUGUGAUCAAACUGUCCUUUCUUCCUGUCCUCAGCGUUCCUUGCAUUUCUUGUUGAUAUGUUCAGCUUUAAUCACGAGCAUGACCUGCAAUUGAUUUUGUAGACAAAUGGCGGCAAGGUGUUGUCAGGACGCUUUGAGAGCUAGUAAAACUAAGGAAGAAGUUUAUCAUGUUUUGAGACUCAUGGUUCGCCUGUCCGACGACAUUGGUGAGUGUUAUGUGCUCUAGUUUUGCUUAAUCAUUAAACCCAAUAUUCGUAAAUAUCAAGUGUCUAGAAAUAUAUGUUUGUAAAUUGUUGUUGACUAUCAAGUUCAACUUCGUAAAAAGUCGAUAUAUUCACUUUCGUGUAGUUUAAGCGUAGUUUCUAUUUUGCGACCGGUCUUAAUAGACCUUUGAGCCCGACGUCGACCGUGGGAUGAAACUGUGCUGCGCUUACAUUGUUAAUUUUCUGGCGUCCUCACAAAAAUUUAUGCUCUUCGUGGUUCGGGAAGGCAUUUUAUUUUUUCCUGGGACCUAAAAGGACUUUGUCAAAAUGCAUUCUUCUCUUUUUAAGACGAUCAAGAAAAUAAAAGUGCACUAAAAUGGCUGCCCUAGCUGUUGGUUGGUGCCUAGAUAGCCUAUAUAAGCUUAAUGUAAUUAAUUUUUGAGGUAGUUAAGAUAAGCUAUAGAUUGCCGUCGUUUGAAACAUUUUUAGCUUUUAUUAACAGACUUUGAAUUUUCUAUUUUCAGCAAUGUUUACAUCUCUUGCUGAGAAAAUUCACUGUACUAUUUUUUAAGUGUACUGUUGAUUUAAAGUAAAAAACUGCAGGUUGUCAUAAAAUGUGAAACUAAUGGCUGAAAAUUUGCAAACUAACGUUGUGCAUGUUUGAUGCUUUAAUGUCUAAUUGGACAAUACUAAUGAACAAAAUUGAUUAAGCUUAAAGUAAAAAAGUGUUUUUGAAUUAAUUUGAUCAGUAAAUAUUAUUUUAGGCAGACUCCCUGACUUCUAUCUUUUUUUCAUUUUAUUGUCUUUGUAUUGGUUUUAGGUAAAAUUAGGAGAGUCAUUUUCUGUACAGUGUAGUAGUUAAAAUGGAGUUUCCAGGAAAUUAAAUUUUAUUAGUUCCUACAACUUCUCUUUUUAGUUUGUGAAAAUUGACCCUGAGUUGUUCUUUAAUUCAGUAUUCAUUUUUUGUUUAUUUUUUCAUGUUGCAUAGUGUCUAGCAUAUAUUUAGUAUUGUAAGUUGUUAGCUUUAUUCGUUUUAAAAGUUUUGUGUUGCAGAUAGAUUGUUAGUAAGUAAUGAAAAUUUCUUGAUCAUUUAAGUGUACAUUCAGUCUGCAAAUUUUGAGGUGAUUUAGAUUCCAUUUUGAAGGUAAUUCAGGGUGCAAAGAGAAUCAUUUUUACAGCUUGCCGUUUGGGCAAGCUGAAGCUAGCAUUUACUAGCCCAGAUGUCAUUUCAACUAGCCCCAAAACCUUUUUGACUAGCAGAAUUGAUUUCAAAGUUCUUCUGUUAUUCAGAUUCCUCAAAAAACAUCACUAGCCUGUCGGGCAAGUUAAAAACAGAUUUCACCAGCCCGAUAGCAAAAUCCACUAGCCCCGGGCUAUGGAACACUACUUUCUUUGCACGCUGUAGUUUUAAUAAUGAAAAUGCAAGUUUGUUAGAAACCUUUGAGUAGGGCAAGAAACCAGGAAAAGAUAAUUGAAGAAAAUUGUCAGCUUUAGUUAUACAAAUGGUUGAAUUUUUGUAUAUAAAAUCAUCCAAGGUAAAAAACACGUAGGGCUAGUUACUAAAACAGAGUUCAAACAGUGUUUGUCAAAACAGCAUUCUAGAACGUUUUUCAAUUUUACCAAUCCUGACAUUUAAACAUUGUUUGCUGGCCUGUUGAUCAUAUCAUAAAGGCUUACAGCCCAGGCUGAAAAACCCAUUUUUCAACUUAAAAUGCGCCACCUAAGAACAAAUCUCUGGGGCCAAUUUUUUCGCUCGGGUUUCAACUUUGUUCAAAUAACCAACCAAUAGUAAUAGAAAAGUGUGGGAAAAUCUUCAUCUGUAGUCCUUUCUUGCUCCUUCUGAUUAACAUAAUAUAACCAUUCUGAUUGCAUGGUUUAUUACAGUACAUUCAUUAAAAUUUGUAAACAAGAUACUGUGCAAUUAGUCAAUUUUGAUUGCAUUUUUCCAACAUCAAUUUUGCACAUGCGAAUAAUUCUUCAAAACCCUUGAAAGGGGACAGGGUUUCUAUUCGACUGAUGCAUAACUGAGGAUAUCAUUAAGCUUUGAAUGAAUUUUUCUUUAAUUAUUUCUAUUUACAGAAAAAAGUAACCAACCAGUUUGAGUGAAGUAGCGAACACUAGUGCUCGUUAAAAGUGCUGUACAGGAAAAGACAUAAAAUAGUCUCAGAAAUAAUUUUCAUAACAAUUUAUGUGACUGUACUGCCAAAACGUUUUCAGUUUGAAUUGUGAUAUUGUAUCUUUUGAGUACAGACUCCACUGUCAAACAACUGCCAUGUCAUUUGAAGGACUGGUAAAUAGGAUGAUGCUGAUGGUAAAAACUAUUUAUGAUUUGGUUUUCUUUGGAUUGCUUUUAGAGCCAUCUGUAAGGGUUGAGCUUAUGGAACAGGUUCCACAUGUAGCAGUUUACUGUUAUGAGCAUUAUUCUAUGAUGGAGGCAGUACCGCAGUACAUCCUGUUCAUUGUGUUACGAUUUUUGACUGACUCCAACAAUCAGGUACUGUAGUUAGGAGUGUUGUCCAGAGUUCAUUGUUGCAUUAAAUUAUUAUAAGUGUUAUACGCCUGUUUUAUCGCUCAAAGUUUACUAAGGUCUCAAUGCCGUAGUUUUUGUCCAAUCCGUUAAGCCUGGUUCUCACAACUCUUGCAAGCGGAAGUCUAGAGACGUUUUUGGGGGAGAGUAUUUGGCUUCAAAAAUUUCUUACUGAUGUCGUAUAUUUCUCUUGAAUCUGGUCAACGAGCACAGAUUGGUUGACAUAGUAAUUCUGUUCUUUUAGCUAUCAUUUACAAAUGAAAGACAAAAGGUCGCAAUGAUCAAGUAUAAACACCGUGAAUUUACUAUUUUUGGGCCUGAAUCGCAGAAGUGUCUCCUGCGAAACAUCCCAAGUGGAAAGGGGCGAGGAGAAUUGGCUAUGUUUGAGGUAAACAGAUCACAGUGCAUAGGAACAAGCAUUGUGAUUGGUUUGUCGUUAGACUUCUGCCUGUGACUCUAAUGAUCUGGUGUUCAAUAGAUUGUAGGAAGCAGAUUUGUGAGCCGAAAAAUGAAUGGGAACAUUCUGAGUCUCUCAACUCUAGUGCUGUUGAGCUAAUGACCUUGAUUACAAAUCUCCUGUUGGAUUUUAACUAGCUGUAAGCUCCGUCAUGACUUCAGGCUCUGUUGCUGGCAAUACCAGCCUUCAGAAUAAGAAUUAUUAUGAGAGUAAUUUGAUUGCAUUAAAAUGUUUGAUGCAACUUGUGAAUACCCUCAUGUAAUUAGUAUUUGCCAGUAAAAAAAAAAGCCUGUCAUUAUGUAGCCCAAAAUUUUUUUGGCACAAAACAGAAAAAAUUGCCCAUCUGUAUAUUAAAUUCCUGUGAAAAUUGAUUGCCAGAGAAUGAUUCUUCUAAAGUGUCUGUCUUUAUUACUUAGGUGCGUAAAACCAGCCAGGCAGCACUUUUAGUUCUUUUAGAACAAGAAGUUGUGGAAAGAGGUAACCUAGAAGUUUUACAUUAGUUUGUAAACAUGUACAAAUAGCCCUGGAAGUGCUGUUUGCAGGGCUAUUUUUAAGACUUUAUUCAAGCAUUCUUUGUUAUGCUGACAAUAAGGUCCCCAUGAGCAAACACAACAAUUUUCAUAUUAAGUAAGUGUCAGGGAAACCUGACCCUGACCCCUGUUGUAUGAAACACUGUUUUGGAGUCAACUCCCUCUAUAGGGGAAAUUUAGGGACCUCGCAUUAGUGUCCUCAUUGAUGAGAGUCCGUAACAGCUGCAGUUUAAUGCAGUCAAAUGUCUUUCAUUUUUGCCUGGGAUUUACAGAGAUGUCACUAAGAUAUCAAGUUGCCGGGUAAAUACAACAAGUAGGCAGAAGAAUAAAACAGCUGAGGAUAUUAUUUGGUUCUAUUUUUAUUAUUUUCCUAUGAAAGUAGCCAGGGGCCACCUCCAUAGUAACAGGGGGAAAUCACUCGCCCCCAGCUCUUAAUGACAGUCCUGGAGUGUCCAUAAUAGCUGGAGUUUAUUACAGUCAAAUGGUGUAUUUUAAUUUUGUCUGGGAUUUACAGGAAUGUCACUAAGAUUUCAAGGUACUGGGUAAAUACAUGUACAACAUGUAGCUAGGAGUAUUUUUUGGCCCUAUUUUUCUUCUAUUUUCCUAUGAAAGUUUCCGGGGGCCAUGUUCGUAGUAGCCUAGGGAAAUGACUGGCCCCUGCCUCUAAAUGACAGCCCUGGAUUCAGCUGCUGUCUUUAUUAUCAGGUUGUCUGUUAUAGCAGGGUGUUCACAAGGCAAGAUUUGACUGUAUAAGCAUGAAGAAGCUUGAAAAGUAAAUUAAUACACAAAUCACUCAAUUUGUGCAAAAGUGUUAAUUAAUUUCUGAGCUUUUCUCAGUACUCUAUGGUAUUGUUUUCUUCUUAUUAUUUAUUUUUUUACUUUGAAGAUUGUAUUUGGAUGUACAUUUCAUAUAUAAAGAAUGAGAACACUGGUUUUUUUAUUUCACACUUGACAAUGACAACUUGUUGUUGUCAAAAAUCGUGUUUUAGAGACAAUUUUUCUCAGAAAAAGUUCUAAGUAUUCAUCUACAAGACUCGCCCAGAGUUUUUCUGGAAUUUUGACUUUUUUCACUCACAUUGUACUUUUAUCUGUUUUUUUUUUUACAGAGGAUGUUGAAGAACAAGUAUGCCCUGUUUUACUGCAGCUCACAGCAGGGGAAAGCAAUGAUGAUUACAGAUCGGAAGCAGUUGCUGUAAGUUUUUGACAAUGAUCGGGCCAUGAAUGCAUGCAUUUUACCUUAACCCCUUUAUGCCCCAAUAUCCACAUACAAAUUCUCCAAACUGAUCUCCACACAUUUCCUUUAAGAAUUAGUUGAGAGAAUUUGUUUGAAGAUCAAAGCAUUUCCAUGAGAUGAUGACUUUCAUAAUUCUUGCAACAUUUUCUCUUGAUUAUGUAUUGAUAUUAACAGGAGAAAACUGACUUUGGUCACUCUCGGGAGUUAAAGGGUUAACGAGUUAAGUACAUAGGUGCAAGACCCAUCCGCUUGUAAUCACUAAUGAUGGAUUGAAUAAGGCUGUAAUGGACUCCUGUUCUAAUAUCAAACUCUCCCUUUGAUUCAUAAGAAUAAAAAAGACGAAAAUUGUACUUAGAAUCUAGUGGUUUAUCAAACGUCCCUUGGGUUUUAAUUCAAGACAUCACUUAAAAAGGUAGUCCAAAAUGUCUUUGUUCUGAACCUUUAACUCCUGAAAUGUUUCUUCUUUCUUUAGUUGAUGAGUAAGAUGGCUCCACUUGUUGGACGAGACAUUGCAGAGCGCUACUUUUUACCUAGAUUUGAGGUUCUCUGCUCAGAUCCUCUUUUUCAUGUCAGAAAGGUGAGGGCAAAUAAUGAUUAUGUUUGUAUUUGAAUGAAAUUUGCAGAAGUUUAGCUGCCAAGUUCAUAACACUGGGAAAUUAAGAUCUUGAGGUCAGAAUUCAAGCCACUGUCCCAUUGUUUCCAUAGGCAAGAAAUUUGCUCCACUCUGUCACUCUUCACCCAGGUUUAUAAAUGGGUGCUGGCGACAUACUGUUGGAGGUAACCCUGUGGUAGACUAGCAUCCCUCCAGGGGGUGCAGGGGGUAGAGUAGCAAUACUCCUGGUGCUUUGUGCUACAAAAAUAGGGUUAACACUUGCUGCCCACCCCUCCGCCCACUUUAAUGAAAUUAACAUCUGGUCAAUCUGUCUUAAAGGUGUGAAAAACAUCUGCUUACCCAAUAUUUUUGUACUCAGGGAAUUCAAAACAGUAGCUAAUAUAUUUUCAAUCAUUGUUUCUCUGAAAAACUAGCACAAGCUUAUUAAAAUUUCUUUGAUGGAGUAAUAUCAGCUGAAGUUUCAUUUUAAUAUUAUUACUGGCCACAAAAACUAGAAAGCAAAACUUACGCAAGAAAGAGUAUAUUAACUACGGAAUUGGUCACAUCUCAUUUCCCGUAGGGCAUCAAAACUAGUCUUCAGACCUGUAAAUAGGACAGAACUGUGUUAGACAAAUUGUGUUUAGAACAAUCAGAAACACUUCAGAUUCUGGCUUUGUUACAUUUAAUCUGCUAUACACAAUAUAAAAAUAUCAUUCCCCCACGAAACUUAUUGUAAUAAAUGUACCAUUUUAAUUAGGUCUGUGCAUCAAACUUUGGUGAGAUGUGUAGUGUGCUGGGACCUGAAGUAACAAGUGAUCGAAUGGUAGGUUUCUUCAAAUUUCCAUGCAUAUGAAUUAUAUGAAAUUAUAUUUUUAUUGAAGCAGCAAGGUUUCAAAUGUUUGGUCAAAAGCACCUAUAAGUAUUAUAAUAAUUUCUACUAAAAAUUAUGUUAUAUACUCAUGUGCUUACCUAAAGUUUACAAGACACUCUUAUGUGCAUUUAAAAUAGUUAUUAUUAUCAUACGAUUCAAAUUGUUCUUCCUUUUCACUGGCCGAGAGCCCAACAUGUGACCUGCAGAUAACUGCCUACAAAUAAUGGUCUGCUCAUGCACAAUAUGUCAUCCAACUGUGUUUGCUGCAAAGAAUAUUCUGCUCAUGCAUAAAUGAAAGCGCACUUUUCUCUUUCUUGCGAUCGCUCUUGCCUGAAAAUGGCAGCUUCCCAAAGAAAUUUAUCAAAAAACGAACUUGGUGACUGUUUAUUAUUAAUAAUUGUUAUUGAACUCGGUUAGCGCAGAAUACUGUGAUUUGUCAGAUCAAUCAUUUGCCUUCGGCUUCGGCAAAUAAUUGAUCUGCUCACCACUGACAAAUCCCAAUAUUUUGCUCAACCUCGUUCCAUAAUUUGUUAAAUAUUAUUGUUAUUUGAUUUCUGUUUUACUUUUCUAUUGCAAAAAGUUGCCCGUAUUUUUCAAGCUAUGUCAAGAUGGUGUUUGGGGUGUAAGAAAGGUAGGUGUCCCAUUAAGUUAAUAAGUUUUAUUAAUUUUUUGGUUUAAAAAUGUUCCAGUUCCCUCAUGUUUUUAAUUUGUAUCUAUAACUUUAGUCCUGUGUAGAAAAUUAUAGGUUGGAUGAUCAAUAACUAAAUUCGUGUAAGAAGAUAAACUUAGAGUUGAUAAAAAUUAAUCUUAACUGUGGUCCUGCUGUGAUUAUAAAAUUAUGAUGAAUACAGUUGGAUACUUUGUUAGUGUCCCUCCUUUCUAGGGGUAUGUUACGUGUACAUUUUUAUGAAUUUGGAAUGAAGGUCAAGCUGCGGCGGUCAGUUUGGCAUAACUACCAUUGGUGUGCGAUGAACGUUAGUUUCUUUUGUUUUUUCUGUAUGAAUUAUUCAUGAAUUUCUGAAGCUCUCGUAUAUGACCACCCUCUCAGGGUUCGAAAUUUACUUUUAUGUCCAGUUGCCCCUGGGGCAACCACAAGCCUUGGUUUGGUUGCCCAUAGAAUAUUUUGGUUGUCCAAGCUCUUAUUUAUUUAUUUAUUUAUUUAUUUAUUAUUUUCCCACAAUAAAGAUUACACAAGCAUUACAUUAUACAAAGAUGUGGCGAGGGGACCUCAGAAAACCACAAGGCUUGUACGAGGAGGCCCCCUCGUUACAAUAAUAUUAAGCAAUAGAACUAUAACAACACACAACAACGGACAGUACAAGACGCAUUAUCGAUAUAGUAGAAAAUCAAAAACUUUCGUUUUAAACGAUUGCAAUGUAAAAAUCGAAGUGACUGAGUUUGGUAAAGAAUUCCAAAUUUUAGGGCCUUGGAACAAAAUAGAAAAUUGUUUGGUGUUAGUUCGGCAGUUCAAGCCAAGAAACUAAUACAGGUAGCUAAACAGUGGCUUUUAUUAAUUUGAACAAGAAAAUGAAAUACAAAUACAUUGAACUGUAUUCAAGAGUAUCUUAAUAAAAUGUUUUGACCAGCCUGUGUCUCGUUGUUUUUUUCCUCCCAAAGGCAGAUUUAUCUUUCGAAAACUGUCUGCAAUAACUGCAAAACAUAGCGUUUUCUUUCUCGUCAAAUUUCAGCCAGGGUCUUCUAGUCUUCCACGACUCUUGAAAUGUACGACACCUUUUUCUUGAACUUUCUUGCGCCUCGCCUAAUUCUGCUGUAGAUUUUGCGACACCCGUAGCAUUGCUUUGAUUAUCAUCUUUCUUCGUGGCUUCCAAAUUGUUGUUAUCGCCAACGGCCUUCACUUUCUCACGGCCGAAGUAGCGGAAGAGGCUCAUGUUAACUAAGAUGAUAAUAAUAAGAUGAAUGGUAAAUUGCCAUCAUCGAAACAAACAUGGCGGCAUCACGGACCGGAUCUCACUAGUGCAUCAUGGACUAUGUUUACUGGUACCAACCGCUGAUUAAAGCAGAACAGGCUCAUUCAAAUAAGAAUGUUGUGCAAAAACGAACUUCGGUUUCCAACGGUAGUGUACGUGAUACUUUAGUAUUUCUUCCGCGUUUUUUUUUUCUUUCCACUAACUUAGUUUAGGUAUCGCUUACUCUCCAAAGACAACAAGCUGUUAUAUUUAUUCAAAUCUAUCAAGUCUUCAUUAAGGACUAGUGCCACGACAGAUUGGGUUGCCCAAGGGGCAACCACUUAGCACAAUUUGGUUGCCCCAUCGUAAUUUUGGUUGUCCGGGACAACCGGACAACCGUUAAUUUCGAACCCUGCCUCUAUUGUUUUACGAUGUGUUCAAUUAUGAGAACCCAUUCUUGUAAGUGACCAGCCUUAGCUACAACCACUUUUCAAAUCUCCAAGGUGGUCGCUUACGAGAGCUUCAACUGUAUUUAAAUGAGCCUUGGGUCAACUGAUUGUGUAUAUUAUUUCUUUCUUAUUACAGGCUUGUGCGGAGAGUUACAUGAGUGUGUCAACUGCUAGUCCUGCUAUGAUGAGAAAGAAUGAAUUAUCGCAGUUCUUCAUCGGCUUGCUAUGUGAUAAGUCAAGAUGGGUAUGUUAAUCUAUGCAAAAUUUGUUUCAGUUGAGGAUCAUUAGUACAGGCUUUGCAAGUGAAUCACCCCCUAACUGACCAAAUGACCAGCUAACAGAAAGUGAUCUCUUACAAGAGAUUCCAACUGUCCUUUAACUACUGGCAAAACUGAUUUUGUUAGUUUAGUUGGGUGGUUGCUUAUAUGACUUAGUGAAGUUCAGCUGUAACGCUGAGUCCUCCAAUUUGUAGAUUGGCUCUUCAAAUGCCCAUGAAGUUUGCUGUUCACAUUGAUUGAUGUGUGUGUUAGGUUUUAAGAUGAAUACAAAUUUUUUGAAGAACAAUCAUGGCAAACUUAACCCUUUAAGUCCCAAUAGUGACCAACAUCAAUUUUCUCCCAAUGAUAUCCGUACAUUGUCAAGAGACUAGGUUAUGAGAAUUAAUAAAAUGAUCACCUAAGAGAAAAUGCUUUGAUCUUUUAUCAAAUUCUCUCAACUCAUUCUUUAAGGAAAUAUAUAGAGAUCAGUUUGGAGAAUUUGUAUGUGGAUAUUGGGGCUUAAAGGGUUAAGGAAAGUACACUGUAUCCUGUAGAUCUCUGAAAUUUUACCCCAGAAAGGACCCAAAUGUUAACUUUUCCAUUUUUGAGAAGAUUUUAAAGGUUCUUGAGAUCUGAGAAUUCAUAAACAUACCCCUUAUGGGGAGUAGAUGAUUGUUAUUAUCAAUAUUGAUGAAACGUUUCUUUUAGGUUCAAAUGGCUGCUUAUCAAAGUCUUGGACCUUUUAUUUCCACCUUUGCUGACCCUGGGGAAAGUGGUUUUUAUGUUAAUGAAGAAGGAGUUCUAUGUGCAGUUCCUCAAAGAGAAGUGGAAACACCAUCUUCACCAACUCAGACCGAAGGAGAAGCUACAGCCAGUGAGAAUACCUCUGAAGAUUCCAAAUCAGAGGAGUAAGUUGUACUUAAGUAGGGUAAAUCUGGAAGUUGUUUUAAACCUUUAAGCCCUAAGAGUGAUCAGCAUCAAAUUUUUCCUUGUAAUGACAAUGCUUUGUAAAACAAAGUGGUCAUGAGAAUUACAGACAUGAUCGCACAAGAUGAAUUUGCUUGAUAUUUUAUCAACUUCUCCCCACUACUUCUGUAGGAAAUGAAUAGGGGCAACAAAUGAGAAUUCAAAUUUUGAUCUUGCGGUUUAAAGGGUUAAACUUGAAGAGUGUGAAGGCUGGACUGUGCUGGUCAUGCAGUUCUGCAGGAGUACUUAAAGUUCGAACAAAAUAUGGGUAAAGACAACAUACAGACUUUAAAGAAGGAAAACAACGAAAACUUAAAGUUUUAAACGUAACCUUUCUUCUGUUCUUUACCUUUUGUACAACUUAUGUAAGCUUAAAUAACUUUUGUUGACUUGUUAAUUUAAUACCAUUUGGAGUACAUAUUUUGUGUUAUAUAGACACUGCCCACCUAGUUAAGCCUUUGAUAUUUGUGGGCAGUGAGAAAUUAAAAUUGUAAAUCUGAAUGAACCGAUAAAAACGAAAUGAAAAACUUUCAGCUCCAAAAGGGUUAUUUUACAUGUAAGUGACCAUGUUGAUAAAUCCAUAUUUUUAUGGAGGUGCUGGGAUCUAAUGAUAAAAAAAAAGCAUCGGAAAGACGCUUUGUCUUUUUAACUCUUUAGUAUGAAAAAGGGUUCCAGUUUUACUGCUGCAUGGUAACCAUGUGAGAGAUGGUUGAUGAAGUUAGCUAUUUUUAUAUAUCAUGUUUAUUUCACUGAUGGUGACUUCCAUGAUCAGGAAAAUAACAGCCUGGGAAAAAUAUUGUUGGUUCUGGGUACAUCCAGUGUUUAGCGAGGGAAUUUUACAUUUGGGGCAUCACAGGGCUUUGUGAAGAUUGUAAAAAAACAUUUUCAUAAUAAAUAAAAAAGAGAUAGAUAGAGGAUUGUGAUGUCAUGCGAAUAGUCAGACAAAAACAUUAAAUCACCACACUACAGCCCCUGUUAGCCUCCCGUGUGGACGUUCUUUGGCCUCUGUUGCACGUACCUUCCAUACAAUGGAAGGAACACUUGACGAAGCCAUAAGAAUGACUGGCUAAGCACCUUUAUGUCAGAGAAAUUGCUUAGAGAUGAUGGAAUUUUCUUGGAAUUUACUUUUGAUCAUACGAAUGAGUGACAAGUCCGACUGAAUUUACAUUAUCAUGAAGUAAUCUUGUGGAUUAAACUAUUUUUUGUGAAAUCUUGUAGUGUGAAAUCCUCAGAGGAAUCCAGUGAAGAAAACAGACAUCAAACCGAGAGGCAGCCAUCACCUGAGGCUCGCACCACAGACUCUGGCUAUAUCUCUCCUCCAGAAAUCAUGUCAAACGAGUCAGACAUUCAAAAACAGUCACAAGAAAGCAAAGACACUCAUACAGUUUCUCUUCAAACAAGCUCAAAAGAGUCAAGAACUUUCAAGCAGAACAUGACUACCGAUCUUGAUGAGGUCGACGAUAAAUACUUUGAUUCUUUUCUCUAUUGGAGGACACCUUUGCCGCAGGUUGACUUAGAACCUGAAGGUUUUGUAGGUAUCACAAAUGUUAACAAGGAAGUUAAAAAACUGGAUAAUUUACCAGCUGGUCCAAGUGAAAUAGGUGGAAGUGAAACAAGCGGACCUUCAGUGGCUCAUCACCAUAGCAGUAUUAUUUAUCAUCGUACACUGCAGCCUCACCAUUAUCGUCCAAAGUUGUCGUUUAUGCACGGAGAUGAUGACAGUGAUGAGGAGGAUAAUAUUGCUCUUUAUUCUUUGACUGAUGAUUUUCGUGGGCACCAUGUAGAUCACGGUAUUGGUCGUUUUGAUUACGAUGACUACAGAAAGCUAAGUUUGGGACACACUUCUUCAUUUGAAGAGGAUCUUCUCAUUGCCGACCACAUUACAGCCCCUCCUGUCCAGGUAAAUAAGUUUUCUUAAUAGUAGCAUGCAUAAUUGUCCACACUGCAUUUUAUGAAUUCUCUUACAUGUAUGUAUUACUGUAAAACCACAAUUCCCCCCCCCCCCUCAUUUAUUUCAAUCAGGUGGGGGGCUUAAUAGAAAAGGGGGGUAUUUAAUUUAGCAAAACAGAGCACUAUACUGCUUUACUGCUUUUUCAGACAAUCAGAAGAACUACAAGCUGCUGAAGCUGUUAUGCUAGCAUUUCACCAGCAACAUUUUGCUAGCUGGUACAUACUAAUCAGUUCUGCAGUGCAUUAGAUUGACCAUUGCGUUAAAAGAUUUGCCCCUAAUGCAUCUAAAGUGUGUUAAUGUGGAUGCUUAUCUCUGAGCUGUUCUGUAGAAAAGCUCACAGGCCAUGCAGCUGAGGAUCAAAAACAAAUAAUCCAAACCUCCAGCAUGUGAAUAAACCAUACUGGAUCAGUCCCCAUAAAGUGUUACAGUCAUGAUUAAAAUAAUAAUACAGUCUAUACAAUCUAUUAAUUAUUUGGUUGCGAAAAAUAAGUGGGUAGGGGAGAGGGGCUUGAUAACUUUCUUCCCCUGAAAAGGGGGAGGAGGCUUAUCUUAAUAGAGGGUUUAUUGUACACAGUGAAAUUGCCUCUGCUAGUUCUGAUUUUUAAAACCUGAAAAAGAGGAUCUUUCUCUUGCUAGAUCCUUAUUUUGUAGUGAGAAUUUCAUACACUCUUUCAUGCAGUUAACCUUCAUGGGUAUGUUUCAAAUCCACGACUUGACUAACUCCUAGUUGGUUAGAGCAGUCAUGUACAUGUUACAAGUCAAAAUUAAAUUCAGGUUAACCUUGGUUGAAUCUCAAUUUCCUUUGCCUUGUGGCCCUAAUUCAUAAAUAAUCUGGGCUAGAAGACAAAGGAAAUAGAGAAUUAACCUACCAUCCAUGACAUUAGAACUUGGGUCAAUUGAAGGAAAAACAUUGAUACGUUAUACUUGACCUCCUUUUCUCUUUCCCCUCAAUGUUGGCCUCGAACUUGGACAAUUCCACCCAAUGACCAUUACAAAACAACAUUGGAAGAGAGAAAGACAGGUACCAGAGUAGUGUGACCCAAGUCAAGUGUCCUUGAUUGUUGGUUGAAAAAUUUUAACCUGAAUUUAAUUUUGACCUGUAACACCUACAAGUAGUUGUCAAUGUUAUAAGGUGAAAAAAAUUCUGGAUUGAGCUGGAUUAGAACAGAUGACCCUGCCAUAACGAUGCACUGCUUUAAAUUUUUUUCAGGUUGUCAAAAUGACAACUACUUAUGUUGUGUACAUAACUGCGACAAUCGUUCUUCUGUUUAUCUCAAUUCGGCACUUCAAUGUAUGAAUUUCUUAUAUUCUUUACUACUUUUUUCAGCAUGUUAUUCCUCAAACCCUUCUGGAUCACUAUGUAUCCAUGACAGAACCUGCAAAAGCACAAACUAUUGAUACUGAAAUAGUGCGUCACUGUGCCUUCAGUCUUCCAGCUGUAGCACUCACAUUAGGCCGCAAAAACUGGCCUUGUUUGAGAGACACUUAUGAACUUUUAACUUCUGAUAUGCAGGUAUGGAAUAAUUAAUAACAAUGUGAAGAGACUGUAAUUUUAUUUAAAUGGCUUCAUUGAUUUAUCCAAGCUACAUUCUUGGCUUGGCUUGGUUUCUACAUUUUGAUUGAUUUUAUUUUUGUUUUGUAGUGGAAGGUUAGAAGAACAUUAGCCUUCUCUAUCCAUGAGCUAGCAUUAGUUCUUGGAAGUGAGAUUACAAGAAUUGAAUUGGUACCAACAUUUAAUAGCUUCCUCAAAGACCUAGAUGAGGUAAGAAAAUAUGCAUCUCAGAUCAGUCUUGUUCAACAUUUCUUUAUUUUUGAUGUUCCAGCUGUUUGUUGAGCAGUGUAUUGGCCCAUUCACCCUUGCACCACCUGUGCCUGGAUCCACUUCCCCUCUACCACUUUUGAGGUCAUCAGUUUCAAUGGUCAGAGAUAACUCUGUCAUCUAACUUGUGGAGGGGGAAAAAAUCUUUCAAACCAUACCAUAAUUAGCAUGAUUCAGUCAAGGAGGCCAGAGAAAAAAAAAACAUGUUGACUCAGAAAAUCCCAUGAAAAUGUUGUUCCUAUACCCACUUACACUUCCUGAGUUCCAUCUAAUCCUUAGAUCCUAUAAGCUUUUCCCCAAAUUUUCCUACUGUAAUGAAGCCUAGGAAGUGCCUAGCCAAGGAAAAAAAUGGGGCAAGAGAAGCAAAAGCUGAGGGAAGAAGAGAAAAGAAAAAGAAAAAGUCAAGACAGUUGUGUCACUUUUAAACCCAAAAAAACUGUCUCGAAAUUUUGCUUUCUGUGCAUGCCCAAACUUUGGAAGCUGGUGUUUUGUGUCUGGAACAGAAGGCCUCAAAGUGCGUGACUUAUAAAUAGGGUUUGGGGUUGGGCUUUUGUUGCUCAUUACUGCCAGAAAGUGACCAGAAUACAGCUUGACUAGUUUGAAAAGGUGAUUUUCUACAAACUCCCCUCAUGUUACUGGCUAAAAAACAGCUCUCCUCCACUGGCUCAGAUUUCACUGGGAAGCAAAGAUGUUGGGAAAUUUUGAAGGUGCAGUUGAGUUUAAAGCCGGAUUGACCAAUAAAUAGGCCAGUUUUUCAUUUGCUACAUCCGUGGUUUACACAAGGAAGUUUUAAUCUUUAUGAAGUAACUAUUAUUCGAAAGCAACGUAAGGAAUAUAAAGUUUUAAGAGUAACAACCCUAACAAUCAAAUCCCUUCUUCUAGGUGCGAAUAGGAGUUUUGAAACAUCUGGCAGACUUCAUUAAGGUGAGAUUUACAUUUAGUGUGGUUACUGCUGAAGUAUUUUCUUUAGUUAGAAGUGGUCAUGCCAUUAGAGUUUAAUAUGAGCAGGACCCCUGAGAUUUUGGGAUCUGAGGGUACAGGAUGCUUUUUGUACAAAACCUAAUGCAAACACUGCAUGCCAUAACAUUAUGCACAACGACAGACUUCAAACUGGAAUUGCAAAAAGGAUUUCUUCUUAGUUUCCUUGUCUCAAAUUGUUAUUCUCUCAAAUACAUUUGCAGCUUCUUCCACCAGAUAUAAGGACUGAUUACCUCCCCAUGUUAACGGAUUUCCUUACAACAGACAAUAACAGGAACUGGAGAUUUCGAUUUGAGCUGGCAGAGUAAGUGUUUAGUGCAGAUCUCAUUCUGAGUUUAUGCCACCAGUAAUAAUAAUUCCGUUAUUUGCUUUCGCCAGUUUUUAUAGCACUAAUGCCAUUGGGGUAGAGCAAAUGCAUGAAACAAAUAAUCUAAUUCAAACAUAAUCGCAACUGGCUGGGGGCAGAUGAGCUGGCUGUUUACAACCCCGGCCGAGGAUUUGAACUAGGGAUUACUGUGAACAAAUCCAGCUAGCUUUCAGAGCAGGAAUUGAACUUGUCCAGCACUCUAACCACUUGACCAUGUGGCCUCCUCAGUUGCUAAAGUACAGGCCCCAGUUGUUCGAAAGAUGAAUAAUGCUAUCCACCGAAUAAAUCUCUAUCCAAAGGAUAACUCAAUUGGUUUCCCUAAUAUUCAUCCGCUGGAUAGCAAUUUAUCUGGUGGAUUGCGCUAUCCAGCGUUUGAACAACCGGGAGCAGGACUUCUAUUUUUUUAAAGUCCUCUGCCCUAGCCACCCCAUUGCACUUCCUUAAAGGUCAGGUUUUAACGGUAAGUACAUGUAGCAAUAAAGCUUUUCUGUGGACAUUAAAAGUGUCUUUAUGUUAACCUAUUUCUAUCUUUGGUUUCAGGCAGCUUAUGUUGCUGUCCGAGUUGUAUACACCAAAACAAGUGCUGCAUUACAUCUGCCCUAUUGCUCUUUCACUUGCGACAGAUAGAGUCGCUGAUGUGAGAAUAAUUGCAUUUAAGCUGGUGAGUACGAAUAAUCACUCUUUUAUCAGAGCUACAAUUAACAGUCGGUCAUCGGGCAACGUGUGCAACACCAGGACAGUUGUUGUUACAUUAUUAAUUUCUUCAGGUUCAAUUGCACAACGAGGGAAAAAGUAUUAUGUAUAUAUUUUUUUGUUAUUCUUUGAGGGAAAGCUAAUGGCGUUGAGACAAAAAUUUAAACAAUCAGAUGAAUAUUAUUUUUUUCCAUUUUUGUUGAUCAUGGGUUUUCGUUUACCAUGUUGUAGAUUGGUGUGUUAUUACAACGACUCCAUGAGUGUCCUGAGGAGGGACCUGUACACAAAUAUGUCUGUGAUAUAAUCAAUAAAUUUGCCCAUAGUCCACAAUGGACCAGGCGACAAGCGUGAGUAUAUGACUUAAACUUACAUAAGGCAUUUUACGACAUUGUUUCAGGUAAUAUUAUGUUCUUGACUUACUGAAGUUUGAAUUCCUUGAUAACAUUCUGUGCAGAUGUUACAGGUCAAAAUUAUAUUCACGUUAAAAUAUUUUUAACCUAGGCUGAUUAUCCGUUUCCUUUGUCUCCUAACCCUAAUUCAUGAAUAAUUAGGACUAAGAGACAAAGGAAAAAGGGAAUCAAUGUACAGUCUCAGUUGAAAUUGUUGGGACACGUUGCUGUCUUCUUGCCCUCCCAAUGUUGGUGUGCAAGAUUUGGUGAGUUAACUGCUAUAAACAACAUUGGGAGGAUAGGGAAACCGGCCAGAAGCAAAAAAAAUAAGCAUAAGGUAGAAGUGUCCCAACUAUUUUUGUCUGUGACUUUAGGUUAAAAAUGUUUAACCUGAAUAUAAUUUUGUCGUGUAACAGACAAAAGUAAAUAAUUUGACACACAUUUUGAUAAACCAUUAUUUUUCUCUCAUGAAUAAAUUAAUGCAUAACACGUUUUAGGUAUGCACAGCUCUGUCAGAACCUUUUAGAAGAGAAUGUGGAAACAGGAGAGCAGUUUUGCCAGGAGUUUUUACCAAGUCUGCUUUUCCUCCUGUCUGACCCUGUUCCAAAUGUGCGCCUCAGUCUGGCCCGGACCCUGUCCCAGUGUGUCCUGAUGACAGGUACUGUCUAUCAUGAUGAUGAUAGGUUAUUAGCUAUACUGUCGUCCUGCGAAUGAGAACAGGAGGAGGGAGUUACGUGACUAAGAAGAGUACUAGUCGUAUUUUAGGGUGCUUUCCUUCAAUGGAUUGACGGGAAAAAGGCUUAGAAAGGAACCCUGUAAGCCCAUGCAGAUGGAGAUAAAAUGGACUGAACAAAGACAACAACAUCUUACUGUUUGUCAAUGGACAAACAGAUCUUGGUGUAGUCAAAGCUAAAAGAAAAUAAUUAAAUACGCGAGGACAAAAAAAAUUAUUCCCCCGGAGACUCUAUAUCCAAGUCCCAGGCUUUUUUUAGAAUUUCACAUUACCUCAUUAGCUUUAUGAAAUAAGUCAAUGCAAACACUCUAAUGCUUUAGGGGGUCUCAAUGACUAACUUAGAUGUCAAAAUUUUUGUGGGAUGGCACCUGAUAACACAAACUUAAUUCUAAUACACUAACUCUUUUCACUCCAAGACCAAGUCAUGGCAAGAUUAUUUCUCACAUCAACUUUUAAAUCUGUGGCCAGAAUUCUUUAGUGUCGCCAUUCAAAUGAAACCUCUUUUGUAGAACUUAAAUAUGGUACUAUUUAUUUCCCAAGAUUUUACGAUAAGGAAUUUGACUUUGGUGGGAAUUAGUAAUUUGUUUGCCUACUAUAAGGAGUGAAGGGGUUAACUAACCAGGGCUGUCAAGAAAAGAUUUCAAGAUGCAGACAUAUGCAAUAACUGGGCAGGAAAUUGAGCAACACAGAGCUGAUCUGGUUCUAUUUCUUUUUGUUUCCUGUGAAGGUAGCUGCGGGAAAUCCCUGGCCCUUGGCCCUUAUAGCCAGAGAAAACAGCCAACAUUUGGCGAUGCUACCACUGGUUUCCUCACCAAAUGACGUCUGAGAAAUGAGUGCAGAAAUUCCAUACUGAUGAUGCGUCACUACCCAGAUCUGGGUAGUGGUUCUGACUGGUCGUGCUGCGUGGGAAAUUUGAUUCAACCAAUCAGAAGCACUACCUAGAUCUGGGUCGUGACACGUCAUCAGUAUGGAAUUUCUGCGCUCGUUUCUCAAACAUCAUUUGGCGGGGAAACCAGUGGUAGCGUCGCCAAAUGUCAGCUGUUUUCUUAGGGUAUGGCCUUUAUUGACUGCACCGUGUAACUAAUUUCUCAUUUUUGUAGAUUACUUUAAAGAAACAGAUAGUGAGGGGAGAGAUGCAGUCCAUUCAGCCUUACAGAGGCUUCAACGUGAUCCAGAUAGGGAUGUUAGGUUCUUUGCUGGUGUUGACGAAGAUGCUUUAGAUGUAGUGUAUGAGGACACAUCUGUUCAUGCUGCUGCAGAGGCAGAGUAUAACUUACAGGAUACAAGCUCUACUCCCCAGGAGGAAAUAGAACUUGAAAAUCAAACACCUCAGGAUGGAUACAGCGAGGAGCAUUUAGAUGAAAAAUAUAGUGAUAACUUAGAGAAUAGGACUGAGAUUGGGGAUAGGAUAGAACUGCUGGAAGGCAGUGAUCAUAUGUCUUUGGAUGAGAGUUCUGUGGAGGCCAGCGACGAUGUAAAUGCUGUCCAUGAGUUUGAAGAGAAUGAAAGAAGAUUGGAUGAUGAAUGUGAGGAUGCUGCAACAAACUCUAGAAACGAUCUUGUGGAAGAGGAAAAUGAAAGGGAAUCUGCACCGACUGAAGAAUAUAGUGAGGAAACUUCACAGCCAUCCGAGGUAUUAUGAAAAUAUUUAUCUGUUUAUACUACUACAUGAGAAAUUUCUGCAAUUUGAUUGGCUCAGAGCAGUGGUAUUUCAGCUUAAUUUGAAAUACCUACAUGUGAAAAUUACAAACCUUUUGCGGGUAGUAGUAUAAACAAAUAAUAGCAUGAUUUGUACGUGAUAUUUGGCAUAAAUACCACUUAUGAUAUUUCAAAAUUGUCUCAAAUUUCACUCGCCUAACGGCUCGUGAAAUUACGUAUAACAAUUUUGAAAUAUCACUCGUGGUAUUUAUUCCAAAUAUCACUACAAAUCAUGAUAUUACCUAUACUAAUAACGGUAAUAGGACUACUGCUGUGAUGGUACAUCUUUCCACAAAGCGAUGCAGAUUGCGAUACAAUGUCCAGUAUGAUACAAUUUUACAUUAUUUGUGAGACUAGACUAGAUCUCCUGUGCAUGUACAAGACUGUAUGAAUGCGUUUGCCAAGAUCCUGUCUGCCAUCUUGGUUAAGACAAGAAGCAAGCAAAACAGGGAUGGUUUUCUUUUUUGUCGUUUAUUUCCAUAAUACGUUGCCAUACAAACUAUAAUAAUCCUUAACAACAAAAAAAAGGAAAUUUUAUGAUCGAUGGCAUUUGCUAUUUUAUUAAUACUGAAAUCAGGGCUAGCUACUAUUGGACAAUCAGAUUGGAGACUACAUCUAGCCAGAUUUAUUCUGUGACACCACCAAAAAGCCCUUUUAUUCAAGUUCAUUAUUUACAAUCGAACCUCUCUAAUAUGGACACUGAAGGGACAGAGCGAAAUGUCCAAUGAUGUCACUUUUAUGACUCCACUUACACUUUUAAGUGUUAAGUAGCUAACACCAGGCUCACACUCGUCUUUAAACUGCAUUUAAAGUUAUUAAUUCACAGUACAAAGACACUGUCUUUCAGUAGCAUACGACAUUGUACAUCUGAGCUACCGAUAAAUAAUAACAGACUGAUACUGUUUUAAAAGGAAUUGAGCUACAGUGCAAUGCUGCAUGUAAAAAGUUGUAACGUAAAGCACAAUAAUUAUUCUUAAAGUGUCUUUUGCUGUUUUGUAAGUAAACAGUAACUAGAGUACAACAUGUAAUAGAAAAGAUCUUUAUGCUAUCUGUAGUUAUUAAAGCCUUCAAAAAGUCGGUUAUGUUCCUCUGUGCCUUUCACGCUGAAUCAUUGUUUGGUAUACAGCGACUGGGCUUUAUAUCACCUUGCAUAGCUCAUCAGCCAGACUAGACAGGAUUCACCCUGCGCAGGUUCACCUGAUUGGGAUUCGGUUUUACCUGACCACUGCCGUGUCGAUAAUAAAGAGUUGAAGUCUAUAUGAAUUUACUCUCUGGGGGCAAGAUUUAGAGAGAGUCUGUAUUAUAGAGGGUCUUUUUAAAGAAAAUUUAUGAAAAGUUUGUUGGGAUAUUGAAAACCGUUGGUAGUAGAGAGGUGUCCGUAUUAGAGAGGUGUCCAUACUGAGAGGUUCAAGUGUAUCUCUUUAUUUUAUUUUAUUUUGUUUUAUUUAUUCAAUCUCAUAUAGCAUGUUUAGGUUUUACAAGAACAACAAUUGAAUUAUUUGUCAAAAAAGGGAAUUGAUUAUAACAGUGGGCGGGCAUAAUAAUGGUUACAUAAAAUAAUAACAGAGAUAAUGUUAGUGUCAUCACUAAUCACAAUGGAUAUUAAUUAAACAGUAGGAUAAUGUUAGUUGUAAAAUAUGUAAAGAAGUCUAUGAGUAAAAAGUUAACCAUUACAUCAUGUAUUUCUAAAUUUUAAGUAAUUGAGUGGAUAGGCUAUAAGGCUUCUUCUAAUUAUUCCUUCUAAAUCUUCAGGGAUGCUAUAUACAUGUGAAAUCUAAAAACGACAAUACUUUAAGAUUAUUGGAGGAAGUAUGUGGGCUGUUUGCUAAAAGUGAUUUGUUUUUGUCUCCUUUCAUUUUUAGGAUCCUUCGGAUUUAACAAGUGAGGAAGUGCCAUUACAAAGCGAAAAUAACUAGAAAUACAUAUUAUACAAAUUAAUAUCAUCAUCUCUCAGGUCUUGAGUUAUUUUGUGUUGACUAUCAAACCUAAUAGUAAUUAUUAUUGUACAUUAAUUUUUUUCUAAGAUAUUUUGACAUCGCAACCAAAUUCCUAUGCAUAAUAUUAUUAUGUUUCUGAUUUAAUUUAAUGCCCCAGGUUGCUUUGUUGUGAAUUGGGCAAAGAUUAAGCCUGUCCAAGGCUACUGAAUGCUUCCCAGGAGCUGUUUUUAUUAAUAGUUAAAACUCUAAGUUAAUUAUGAGAUCAUAGUGGUUACAUAUUGGAUUGCUGAGGAAAGUGUAUUCCAUGAUGAAUAAUAAUAUUAUUUGGAGUUCAUUGUGUGUACAGAUGAAUAUUAUGUUUUGACAUGGGUAAAAGGUUUGAUGGUCAGUCACCCCAUCACUAAAUUGAGUUCAGGAUCAAAACAAGUAUGAAACUAGUUUAAUAUCCUCACAUAAUCCAUUCAUAGACAUUUUGUGGAAUUUUAAAGUACUUUUUGAUUUUGAUACUCAUCGGUAUUUUUUGCAAAUAACUCAUCAAGGCUUAUUUCAUUUGUACUAAUUAAUCAAUGGUGUUAGGAGUGGCACAAAAUUUAUUGCAGAGUUUUCAGUAAAUAAAAGGAAGUUGGGAUGUGAAGUUGUUAUUGUCAUUAAAAUACACGAAACGUCUUAGUUUGAAGGCACUGGAAUUGCCUAAACAGCAUUGCCACAAUUAUUAGAGAAAAAUCAUACUCCUUAGCAAAGUCACGUAAAAAUCAGGGAGUUUUAUUUUCAGGCUUUUGUGAAGUUCAUAAAAAAAAACAUUUUUCAUCUGGAUUAACCUAUUCCUUAGUCCCUUGUAGAAGAGAU